ACGAUAAUGAAUGGAAAGGCAUCGUAGCCAAGAAAAUUCAGCUCAGCAGCUAAAUAGCCUUGCUUUUGGUUGGAUUAUUAUUGAAAGAAGAAUUCACAGAAAGAAAUGGAAAUGGAUUGGCCGGAUAAAUCGGAGACCAUUCUUUGGAACAGAAAAACAAUUCUAUCCUCGUUGUUACUGUUGAGAUUAGGUUCCGUUUAGAGUAAAUUACAUAUUAGUGUUCUUUACAAAUGCAAAAGUAUCAGUUAUUUUUAAUGAGACAGAAUGAAACUGGUGUGGUGUAAACUUUUGAUUUAAACUGAAACGUUUGAAACAGAAGUGGUUGUGAUUUGGAAUAACGCAUUUUGGAGGAACAGGGGGAACUACCCACUGUUGGAAAAACUCUGGAAUAACGUCGUAAGAAGGAACGUAAUUUAUUUGAUUUACUAAUUUAUUUUAACCAUGGGGAAUAUUGAGAGUGUGGAUGGACAGUCGGACAAUAUGAAGCAUCAUAUAAUGCCGUUGAAAGUGCCCAUUCCUGACCAGUCGGAGUUGGAGGAGAGAUUUGCUUUAGUUUUGAAUUCCAUGAACCUUCCUCCUGACAAAGCCAGACUCCUCAGACAGUAUGAUAAUGACAAGAAAUGGGACCUCAUCUGUGACCAGGAACGGUUUCAGGUGAAGAACCCUCCUCAUGCCUACAUCUCUAAGCUACGGGGCUACUUAGACCCAGGAGUCACACGCAAGAAGUUCCGAAGGCGGGUCCAGGAAUCCACUAAGGUUCUGAGGGAACUGGAGAUAUCACUGAGGACCAAUCACAUAGGGUGGGUCCGGGAGUUCCUCAACGAUGAGAACAGGGGUCUUGAUAUCCUGGUGGAGUACCUGUCCUUUGCUCAGUGUGCUGUCAUGUUGAAUUUUGAGGGUCUGGAGAUGGGGGAGGAGAUUUCCCUGGACAAGUCUAAGUCCUGGAGUAGGUCUAUAGAGGAUCUCCAUCAGGGCAGCACUCAGCCUUUCUGCAACACGCUGGUCCGCUCUGCGCGCCAGUCUGUUCUCCGCUAUGGCACAGCACCGAACAGCAAAACCAUCAAGAACUCACUACUCGUGAGCCAGAAGGACGACGUGCACGUUUGCAUCAUGUGCUUGCGAGCCAUAAUGAACUACCAGUAUGGCUUCAACCUGGUCAUGUCGCACGCACACGCAGUCAACGAAAUAGCCCUCAGUCUGAAUAAUAGGAACUCGAGGACUAAAGCCCUGGUUCUGGAGCUGCUGGCUGCGGUGUGUCUGGUUAGAGGAGGCCAUGAGAUCAUACUCUCUGCCUUCGACAACUUCAAAGAGGUGUGCAAGGAGAAGCAUCGCUUUGAGAAGCUGAUGGACUAUUUCCGUGUGGAGGAUGGGAACAUCGACUUCAUGGUGGCCUGCAUGCAGUUCAUCAACAUCAUGGUUCACUCAGUAGAAGACAUGAACUUCAGGGUUCACCUGCAGUAUGAGUUCACCAAGCUGGGCCUUGACGACUACCUGGAGAAAUCCAAGUACACAGAGAGUGACAAGCUGUCGGUCCAGAUUCAGGCCUACCUGGACAAUGUGUUUGAUGUGGGGGGGCUGCUGGAGGAUGCGGAGACCAAGAACGUGGCUCUGGAGAAGGUGGAGGAACUGGAGGAACACCUGUCCCACGUGACGGAGAAGCUUCUGGACGUGGAGAAUGAGACCAUUAUGAAAGUGGCUGACCUGGAGAAGCAGCUCCUGCAGAAGGACAAGGAUCUCCACGUCAUACGGGAGACGUACGAGUCGACCAACACCCAGGUACACACCCUGAGGAGGAUGAUCAAGGAGAAGGACGCUGCCUUCCAGAGGAGCUUCAACAUCGAGAAGCGCCUGCUGGAGAUGGAACAGCAGGGGACCAUCCGCCUCCGCAAGCAGCCGGACGGGGACAUCGCCAUCGAGCCCCUGGGAGGGGGCGGUGGUGGUGGUGGUGGAGGAGGAGGGGGUGGAGGUCCUGGGGUGCCUCUCAGUGACGUUGGGCAGAACGGAGGGUUCUCAGUGGGGCCUGAAGGGGUAACAGGGCCAGGAGGACCAGGAGGACCAGGGACUAGUCUACCAAGGGCCAGUGAAGUACCACCUCCUCCUCCCCCCCCUCCACUUCCCUCUGCUCUAGGAGAGAAUGCUCCAUGCCCACCCCCACCCCCUCCUAUGGCCCCACCUCUACCAGGAACUGCUCCCAAUUUCAUCCUCAAUAUGGGCCUAUCAGCUAUCAGGAUCAAGAAGCCCAUCAAGACCAAGUUCCGUCUGCCUAUAUUCAACUGGACCGCUCUGAAACCCAACCAGAUCAACGGUACGGUCUUCAGUGAGAUAGAUGAUGAAAGAGUACUAGAGGACCUGGAUGUGGAGAAGUUUGAGGAACUGUUUAAGACCAAGGCCCAGGGUCCAGUGGUGGACCUGAGUGGCCCCAAGACCAAGGUAUCUCAGAAGGCUAUCAACAAGAUCUCCCUGCUGGACGCAAACCGCUCCAAGAACCUGGCUAUCACCCUGAGGAAGGCCAACAAGAGCACUGAAGAGAUCUGCAAAGCCAUACAGACCUUCGACCUGAAGGCCCUGCCGGUGGACUUUGUGGAGUGUCUGAUGCGGUUUCUUCCCACGGAGGCCGAGGGGAAGAUGAUGCGUCAGUACGAGCGGGAGCGGCGGCCGCUGGACGCGCUGACGGACGAGGACCGAUUCAUGCUCUUCUUCUCCAAGAUCGAACGGCUCACCCAGAGGAUGAAUAUCAUUACGUUCGUCGGGAACUUCUCAGACAACGUCAACAUGCUAACCCCGCAGCUCAACGCCAUCAUCGCAGCGUCCGCAUCCGUCAAGUCUUCACCCAAGUUAAAACGAAUGCUAGAGAUCAUCUUAGCCCUGGGAAACUACAUGAACAGCAGCAAGAGAGGAUCUGUGUAUGGCUUCAAACUACAAAGUCUUGAUCUGCUACUGGACACUAAGUCUACAGACAGGAAGAUGACUCUGCUCCACUACAUAGCUGUGGUUGUCAAGGAGAAGUAUCCUGAGCUGGCUAACUUCUUCAACGAACUGCACUUUGUGGACAAAGCUGCUGCAGUGUCUCUGGAGAAUGUGCUGCUGGACGUGCGGGAGCUGGGUAAAGGGAUGGAUCUGAUCAGGAGAGAGUCUAGUCUCCAUGACCACUCUGUUCUCAAGGGCUUCCUCCAGACCAGCGACACUCAGCUGGACAAACUGCAGAAGGAUGCCAAGACCGCUGAGGAAGCCUUCAACAAUGUGGUGAACUACUUUGGGGAGAGUUCCAAGACGACUCCUCCCUCCGUGUUCUUCCCUGUGUUUGUGCGAUUCAUCAGAGCUUACAAGGAUGCAGUGGAGGACAAUGAGCAGAGGAAAAAGCAGGAGAAAGCCAUGAGAGAGAAGUUACUGGCUCAGGAGGCCAAGCAACAUGACCCCAAGGUCCAGGUAGUGAAAAAGAGGCAGCAGCAACAGGAGCUGAUCUCUGAGCUGCGUAAACGCCAGGCCAAGGACCACCGGCCCGUAUACGAGGGGAAGGACGGCACCAUUGAGGAUAUCAUCACAGUGCUGAAGAGCGUCCCCUUCACAGCCCGUACUGCUAAACGAGGCUCACGGUUCUUCUGUGAUGCACAGCUGUGUGACGACUCCAACUGCUAGUCCCUACAGUUCCUCCCCCCCUAAUGCCAAGAUCUCCGCAGCCAGCCUUUUCUGCGGCACGACACGCUGAUCCGGAGCGGCUGGAAGAGACCCUAAACAAACCACUCGUUCUUCCUCCCUUAUCAUCCCUUCCUUUUAUAACCCCCCCCCCCCUGUGUCUCGGUGGUCUCACCCACCCGAGGCUGCACAGAGACUAAAAGGUGGACAGGACCGAACCAAUGGCCCUUGUUUUACAGGGGUAUUUAUUUAUUUAUGGAGAUCCUUUAUGGACACUGUCUCUCAACAAGCAGGUGUAACUGUAGUAUCACCGACAUAGCCUACCCUCCUCUCCCACUGCAAACACACACCGCACACCCACAGAUAAUAUUAAGAACAGGACUGGGCAGAAAGAGUCCAAAGAAGAAGAGUAUAGUGGUGAGUUGAGCCCUUAAAGGGGCGGCUCACCUCACACCCACAGAUAAUAUUAAGAACAGGACUGGGCAGAAAGAGUCCAAAGAAGAAGAGUAUAGUG